AUGAGUGAGGAACCGACACCCAGAGCACUGCCUACCCAGGUUAGGACAUCAAGCCAGAAGGACAUAGUGAAAGGCAGAGGAGUAGAAGAUGUGGGUAUUGGAACCCCUGGUGGCUACGGACGUUGGGUGACGUUCGUUGGGUCGACGCUGUUGUUGGACUGCGUUUGUCAGGCGGAUCUCAAGGAGGUGAAGCUGGUGUCGCAAAUGGUCUGCGUCGGGCGUCAUGUAGACAUGGAUUGUGUUGUGACGCCGUGGAGGUGGUGCGAGGAGGUUGUGCCCCUAACCGGAGAUCUCGACGGCGGCAGUUCGGCCGGUGACGAGCCUCACCCUGUGGCGCCUACUGCCAACCUGGCUGUCGUACACGUGCCGGCAAGCAAAACGCCGUACGUGGUUCGGGCGCCGCCCUCGACGCAGCAAAGUGUCGUAGUGGCCCAUGAGGUGCCACAAGUCAUUAAGGCGCCGUCGUCCACGCCCGAAGUGACUGUGAACAUCAAACAUGGUGUUGCCCACGUCGAAGCGUAUGUGGACCCGUGGACCUCUAUGGUCUUGGUUUUCAUGGGCCUUGGAGGUGCUGGGGCUACGUCUUUGGCAGUCUUUUUGGUCUGGCUGGUGAAGUUCAUCAGGAACAAGUCAUCGUACAUGCGGGAACUGGUGCAGAUGCUGACGCCGGAGGAUCAGCAGGAUCCAGAAGCCCAACCAGUGGUGAAUCUGCUGGGGCUGGAAGAGGCGGAUAAACCCGUCGCAGAAGAAAAAGAGGAAGAGUUGGUCCUUGAGGACAAGUAUCCUUUUAAAGAGAUGUUGAACUCGUAGAUAUAAAAUCGCGUCAAAGAAAGAAAGUGCC